AUGGGUGGCGAGCUGCCUCGUUCUGGCCACUCGUACUUUGGCACCGUCUCGUCGGCUCAAGAAGCGCACGCGAUCCUCGAGGCGUGCAAGCAUGGCCUCCUUCCACGAGUCACUCGCCGCUUGACCGAUGACGAGCGUUUGCGGUUCGUGCGCGCUGGAGCCGUCUUUGUGUGGGAGGAGGAGGAGGCUGGCAUCCGCCGGUGGACCGACCACAUUAAGUGGAGCCCGUCGCGAGUUUCGGGCGCCUUCUUGACCUAUACCGAGGUUCCGCCUCGAGGCGACGACACGCUCGUCAAGCAGUCGUUCUCGUCGGUCGACGGCAGCGGGACCAAGAUGCACCUCAUCGCCUACACGAGCAAGUCGACCGCCGUCACCUCGGUCCUCCCGUGCGCCGCGCAAGACCCCCUCAUCCAGCACAUGCUCGCCCAGCGCACCUCGGCCGGCCGGGAUCCUCGCGACCGCCCCUUCCCGCCGUCGGCAAUAGCGGCACCUCCUCCCUCUCGACCGCCCGACCCGUCGCACGCCCUGCCGACCCCGCCGUACGGCUCGGCGCCGCCGACCGCCGACCCGAACCGCAUGCACCUCCAGCGCUCGUCGAUGAGCUUCCAGAGCCCGGGCACACGGCCGCAGACGGCCUCGUCGAGCGACGAAUCGCGGCCGCAGACGUCAGCGUCCGAGCCGCGACAAGGCGCGGCCAAGGACCCGCACAUGCGUCACGCACCCGGCCUGUCCCUCUCGUACCCGUCGCUCCUGCACCCGGCCGUGACGUCGGUCGCGCCCACGACGUCCCCUCUCCCCCUCACGCCGACUUUCCCGCCGCCGCCGCCCUCGGCGCACGGCUCGCCCCGCCUGUGGCCGUUCGCCUACGACCUGCCGCGGCAGGACUAUCCGCCGCGCUCGGCGUCGCACCCGCGCUCUGCGGCGCACCGCCCGUCGCCUCGCCUGUCGCACAGCCCGCCGUCCGUCACGGCGUCGAGCUGGGGCGCUCCUUCGACCGCCGACUCGUCGUCGGCCACGACCGCCUCGCCGUUCGACACCCAGCCUCGGCACCUCCCGCCGCUCGAGCUGCGGUCGCCAGGACACCUCGCGACGGGCAGCGACCUGUCGUCGCACCACGACGCCCACGGGCAGCGUCGAGCGCUGUCAGAUGGCGACCAGUGGUUCCCGCCGCGGCAGCACGGCCGAGGCGCAGAGGACGAGCGCCAGUUGCGGCUUCUCGGGCGGUCUUUCUAGCCUCCUCUCCCCUCGCAUCACCCACGCACAGCAUCACCCUGUCGUUCCAUACCCUCUACUUUACCCCUCGCCCUCUCGCUUCCUUUCGCCGGCGCCUUCCCGCACGGCCCGCCUUCCCCCUUCUCCUUGUUGUUCCGAAACGUCUCGAAACGCCUGUAGCACUCUCUUUACUCUCCCCUGACGAGGCGCAUAGCCUUUGCAAUCACGCUUCCUCGAG